CUAUCUUUAAACGUACGACCUGAGAUUUAUCCCCACGACGUCGUCUCAGAGCCAAACACCUCAAACCACACAUGUUCUUGUGUAGAUAUCUCUCACUUUCACGAUUCCAAAAUCAUCUUCCUCGCGGAUUCCGUCGUUUUCUCGGGAAAAAAACAGAUCCGACGGUCGAUCUCUCCACAUUACACGAGAAUCAAACAAACCGACAAGAGAAGAUGUCGAGACUCGACGGCGUAGAACACAAAACCCUAAAGGUAAACGGCAUAAACAUGCACGUGGCGGAGAAACCUGGAUCCGGAUCAGGAGCAGAUCCGAUCAUACUCUUUAUCCACGGAUUUCCGGAGCUUUGGUACACGUGGCGACACCAGAUGACCGCGCUUUCUUCCUUGGGAUACCGUACGAUCGCGCCGGAUCUUCGAGGGUACGGAGACACAGAAGCGCCGGAGAAAGUUGAAGACUACACAUACUUAAACGUGGUUGGAGACAUGGUUGCACUAAUCGACGCCGUGACUGGCGGAGAUAAGGCGGUUUUCGUGGUUGGUCAUGACUGGGGAGCGAUGAUUGCGUGGCAGUUGUGUCAGUACCGACCGGAGAAAGUCAAGGCUUUGGUCAACAUGAGCGUACUCUUUUCUCCGAGGAACCCUGAUCGAGUUCCGGUUCCGACACUGAGACAUGUCUUCGGUAAUGAUUAUUACAUCUGCAGAUUUCAGAAACCUGGAGAGAUAGAGGCAGAGUUCAAGAACAUUGGAACAGAGAAUGUGUUGAAAGAGUUCCUCACCUACAAAACGCCUGGACCGCUCUAUCUCCCCAAAGACAAAUAUUUCAAACGCGCAGAAAACGCUGCGUUUGCGUUACCACCGUGGUUAACACAAGAAGACCUCGACUAUUACGUCACUAAGUACGACAAGAGAGGCUUCACCGGACCCAUUAACUACUACCGCAACAUUGACCGAAAUUGGGAACUGACUGCACCGUGGACCGGUGCUAAGAUCCAUGUACCGGUGAAAUUUAUAGUCGGAGAUCAAGAUUUAACGUAUAAUUCACCGGGAGCUAAGGAAUACAUUAACGGUGGCGGUUUCAAGAGAGAUGUACCGUUGCUCGACGAAACCGUCGUGAUCAAGGGAUUGGGACAUUUCCUACACGAAGAAAACCCUGACGUGAAUGGAAUCAACAUGCACGUCGCCGAGAAAAGUCCCUCCGUCGCCGGAAACGGUGCUUUCAACGGAGCUAUCCAUCCUCCGGUGAUACUAUUCCUCCACGGAUUCCCAGAACUUUGGUACACGUGGCGGCAUCAGAUGGUGGCACUAUCUUCAUUAGGUUACCGAACUAUAGCACCGGACCUACGCGGUUACGGCGACACCGACGCGCCGGAGAGCGUGGACGCGUACACAAGUCUCCACGUGGUUGGAGAUCUGAUUGGAUUGAUCGACGCCGUGGUUGGAGAUCGCGAGAAGGUGUUCGUGGUGGGACAUGAUUGGGGCGCAAUAAUCGCUUGGCAUCUGUGUCUUCUUCGACCUGAUAGGGUUAAAGCUCUGGUUAACAUGAGUGUGGUGUUUGAUCCUUGGAAUCCUAAGAGGAAACCAAUCUCGAUGUUUAAAUCUUUCUAUGGAGAUGAUUACUACAUCUGCAGAUUUCAGGAAUAUGGGGAAAUAGAGGCGGAAUUCGCUAAAGUUGGCACGGAACGAUGUCUCUUAGAGUUCUUAACAUAUCGUAAUCCUGGCCCUAUUCUUCUACCUAAAGGAAAACGCUAUGAUGAUUCUGUUUCACGUCCCUCUUGGCUAACUGAUUGUGAUGUCAAAUAUUAUGUGUCCAAGUAUGAGAAGAAUGGCUUCACUGGACCAGUUAACUACUACCGAAAUAUGGACAGGGCACAGAUGCACUUGCAUGUAUAUCUUUGAGCAAUAAUUGAGCUAGUGUUGUCCUUAAUUCAUUAGCCCUGCCUCUUUAAGUGGAGUCCUUUAGUCUUUAUUAUGAAUAAGGAACCCUUAGAAGGGUUAUUGUUAUUGUAAACGUUUCUUAUAAAGGCCAUCGUCAUCGUCUCUGUAAUUGUUUGUUUAUAUAAGUUGGUGACUCUGCACUUUGAUUUAGAUUUCAAUGUUUGUCUCUUCUUUUUCUGUGUAUGAUGCAUUGAUGAUAUAUAGUAGAUAAAGUAAGUCCUACCAU